GAAUAAGAAUGAUGAACCGAAUUGAAGUGAACUUAGGAAGAAUGUGAGAAUGAAUGAACUCCUUUGCCCAAGGAUCGGACAAUUUCUUGCAAUUGUGCUAAGAAUAUUGAUAACACCGUACUAACUUAUUAUGGGAGGGUAUGUACACCGUGAAUCAAGGAAACCAAUGAAUGCGGUGGUGCUACUACUGGGUAUCUGGUUUAUGGACAGAUGGCCCGCCAUACAUCAAAUACGUGCGCUAACAACCGCACGUACCAUAGAGGGGAGAGCGAGAGGGGAAGAGAGAGAAAGGGAGAGAGAAAAAGAUGUGCGCAUAUAUACCAGUCCGUGUCAUCGCGAUAAACGAUGGUAAACGAUCGAGGCGCCAUUCCAAUGCAAUAAUGUGCAACCAGUUGAGAUCAUCACUAGAUUCAGACCACUGUGGAAUAAGCAAAAACUUGAGAGGGAUUCUCUCCUAAAGAUCAAGAAACACAGACGAAAAUGGGAUCGUUUGGUGGACAUGCAGUCCCUGGUGGAUUCUUUAUCAUUGCUGCUAUCUGGUGGAUCAUACAACUUGCAUACACCACCGCUGUAUUGGACAACGGGAGGAAGCGGCCCCGGUCGCGCCUGAUGCAAUGUCUGCACCGAGCUCCAGUUGAAGCAGGCCUAAUCAUUUUCGGCGCCGUUGCCGGCAUCGUCGUCGAGAUGGCCUACUCCGAGCCUAUCCUAGUCCUCAUCGAUAAAAACGGCGAAUGGCAAAACGAUGUGGAGUGGGGUCACUGCUCCAUGUACUUGUAUUUCGGCCUGUACGGAUUCGUCAAAACUAUCGGAGCUACGUGUGUUCCUUCUGCAGCCAGGUAUGAACAAGCUUUCGGCGCUUUGGCGUACGCCGUUGAAGGGUUUCUCUUUUACUACCACACCCAUGGCCGCAGUCCUCUGGAUAUCCACCUUCACAACAUGCUUGUUUUUGCCAUCUUUGUCUGCUUCUUGUCAGCAGCCGGUGAGAUUUGGAACCCUGAAGAUAUCCUGAUCCGGCUAAUCCGGAUUCUCUUCACCCUUGUCCAAGGUACGUGGUUCUGGCACUUGGGAAUCGUUCUCUACAGACCGCCAUCGGGAGAGGAAUGGGAUGGCGAAGACCACCUCAAUAUCAUGUUCACUACGGCCUUUUUCACGUGGCAUAUUCUCAUCGGCAUGUUGGUUCUGUUCGUCGUCUAUUGCAGCACCAAACUGGUGUUGAAGUCCUGUGGGAUCUCGACAGUACAGUACACUGAGACGUGUAACGGUCGUGAGGAACUUGAGACCAAGCUCUUAGGAAACGCAUCAGACUGAGGAAAUGUGAACAAUCAACAUCUUAUGGAUCUUAGAUGAUGAUGAUGCUAAUGAUGAAGAUGACGAUAAUGGUGACGAUGAUGGUGGUGGUGAUGAUGAUGGUUACGGUGAUGAUGAUCAGAUGAUGUGUAGCGGUCGUGAGGAACUUGCGGUCAAACUAUUAGGGAACACAUCAGACUGAGAAAAUAUGAAUUGGCCAACAUCUGGGGCCCGUUUCAUAAAGGACUUGCAACUAUUGUAACAUUGCCACUAUGCCAACUACCAUGGAAACUUUGAUUAUGAUUGGCUGCUGAGCCCUGUUACCAUGGCAGUUGCCAUUAU